CCUUUCUUUUCUUGAGCCGCCCACCAGUCGAUCAGAACUCUUUAUCUCUCUCUCUAUCUCUCUCUAUCUCUCUCUCUCUUUCUCGGCUAUGGACUCACAACAGGCAGCGUUCGAGAAGUUCAAGGCGUCAGGAACGGGCAGGAAGUUUCCGCGGGAGCAGAGGAAUGCGGGCGGGAUGCCGAGCGCGAUGGAUGGGCCUGUGCCUGAUCUGUAUUCGAUUCAUCAUGGCAAAAUUGUCCGUGUCGAAGACUUUGGGGCGUUUGUACAGCUGCCUGGAUUCAGGAAACAUGGCCUGGUUCACAAGACGCAGCUCAGUAACCAUUUCGUGGAGCAUGUGGCGGAUGUGGUAGCUGUCGGGGACAAUGUGUGGGUCAAGGUGACGAGCAUACAGGACGAUAAGAUAGCGCUUUCGAUGAAGUAUGUGAAUCAAGGCGAAGGAAGAGAUCUCGAUCCCAACCUGGUACAGCUUUCAGAAACAGAGGACAAGCGAAGGGUGCACACUGGAUUCGUGGACAGGGGACCGAUCUCGAUCGAAGAAGGCGGGGUGCUGCUCAAGACCGUGUGCAAGAAAUGUGGUGCUGCAGGACAUUUAGCAGCAGAAUGUUUCUCUGGUGGCGAAAGGUUUGAAUUGCUCAGAGAUGAUGAUGAUAGUGAUGUUCAGGAUCGACAGACGACUCGUGGCGAAGGCCGUGGUCGGUCUAGUGGCAAGGAAAAAAAGAAGAAGGAUAAGAACGAGGAUAGGGAUGGGGGGCGAGGGCGGAGAGACAAGGACAAGGAUAAGAGCAGAUACAGGGAGAAAGAUGGUCACAACAGGGACCGUAAAGAGAGGAACGAGCCUUCUUCGGGUCACCGGAAAGAGAAGAGACGCGACCGAUCUCGAAGUUCGAGUCCAAGGAGAGAUUCAGAUCAACAGAAGACAACGAAGGUCGAGAGUCUGGAGGACGCAUUGGCGGUGAUGCGUGCUCACAAGCAUCGUCGGCGAACAAGAGACAGUGAAGAUGAGGAGGGCGAUGGAGAGAGAAGGGAGCGCAAGCGAUCUGGCCACAGAAAAAGGUCGCGAUCUCCUCGGACCCGUUCCCGGACCCGAUCUCGAUCUCGAUCACCCAAAAGACGCGAGGACCGUCGAGAGAAGGAGAGGGAGAGGCGUGAACGCGACAACCAUGGCAACAGCAGCAGCAACCGCCAUGGCCAUGGCUACUCGAGCCAUAGACGAUGAGGCAGUGCUUUGUUUGUAGGGCGAUGCGAUUGCAUAGACGGAAAGAAAAAAUAAGACCCUUAAACAAUGAUAUGCAUGUGUGAUGUUGAUGAAGACGAUGCUGAUGAU